AUGGCUGUGGCUCCCUGCAAACUACCAAAGUCAUUGGAGCGUAUUUGUGACUGUGCGUUCUAUGAGUGUAGCUCCUUGGUUACAGUGAUAAUUGCCCUGGAUUCGCAUCCCAUCGAUAUUGAAGAUGAAGCGUUCUAUUGCUGCAGUGCUCUAGCCAAUGUCGUGCUUCCACAAAAUUCGAAGGCCACAGCUGGAGACUCGUUUGAUGGGUGCACGCUGUUGAAAAAUCGUUUUAGCAAUAUAGCAGACAAUAUCAUUAGAGGAUUGAUAUCUCGAUUGGACGACUUGCCAGUGCAUAAACUUUGCCACUAUCAUUCGUUGGCCACUGUUGAAGGGCUCCGACAGGGCAUCGAGGACCAAGAAGAAGUGGGGUCAUCACUGGUGGACGAGUUCGGUAUGACCCCAUUUCACAUUCUAUUUUCGACUAUUGAGCCAAGCCAAGAACUGCUCGAAGUCCUUCUCGAAAAUUAUUCAAACAAAACUCUGGACCUCAAAGACGCAAAUGACAAAUGGGCAGUGGAGUACUUGGUCUCCAACUGGACUGAAACAACCUCAGCUUUGCUUCGAACAGCACUUCAAAAGUGGAUUGUUGAUCCACUUGUUCGUUGGGGAGCUAUCUCGUGGACGGAAUCGAUGCUACGGUGGGCGCAAGAUAUACUUGAAGAAAAUGACAAGGAGCGAAGGUCAACGUUUAUCAAUGGAGCGUAUUCCGAAUUUGCACUCUAUAACGGUGUGGAAAUCACAUCGAUAUUGGAGAUGGUCUUGUGGAAAGGACAACUCAAUCAUGGACUGAUCAAUCAUGAUACCCAACGACAGGCUGUAGACCGACAAGAGCUCCGAUGUGUCUGUGGAUCUGGCGUUGUAAUUCCGAGCGUAAUUCAGUUCUUGGGAGUCCCAAGAGUAGCAUCUGAAUCUCAAGACAAUCAAAUGUAUGUCCAUCGAUUCCAUUUGGUAGUGUAG